AUGCUGGAAUUAAUGCCUUCAUCUAUAGUGGAUGUCGGAUCAGCCCGACUGAAGAAAGCGGUUGACAAAGAACUGUUCAUUUCACGAUGUCGAAAUCGAUUAAAAGGGAAAAAGAACUUGAAGAAAUACCUUCCAGAGCGGUUCAGCUUCCUGUAUCAGUUUCUAUGGAACCAGAUGCCGUCCAACCUGUACGAGAACAUCAUCGGAAAGCUAAACAAAUCGCACCAGCAGUUCAAAACAAAGGUGAUCAGUUCGAUGGUACCGGACGAGGUGCUUUACAGCCCGGACAACUACAAGACGAGCCAAUUUAUGACCGCGAUUAUGUUUGUCGAUGUUUCCGGUUUUACCGAUCUUUCCGAGCUGUACAACAAUCCGGAAAACGGUGGAGCAUCCAAGCUGUCACAAGUCCUAAAUACCUACCUUGGUGGGAUCGUGCAUGAAAUAUUAGGCCAUGGCGGAGACAUUCUUAAAUUCUCCGGCGAUGCCAUCCUGGUGCUGUUCAAGGCAAACACUUCCGUAUCCUUACCCGAUGCGAUUCAUCGGGCGAUCGACACGGCAAUCAUUAUACAGCUAUCCUAUGGCCGCUACAAGACCGACGUCGGUGUUACGCUGCGGAUCAAGGUCGCAAUUUCGGCCGGUGAGGUGCACUUUUCGCUGGUGGGAGAUGAGACCUUUUCCCAUUACGUCGUUGCCGGAGAGCCUGUAUGGAAGGUGAAGCUGGCGGAACGGAUGGCACUGGCGGGUGACAUCAUUGUGACUUACUAUGCAUGGAGCUAUAUUCACGACAAUGAAUAUGUUUGGGUGUCGUGUGCGGACCGAAUGCAUCUUAAAAUUAAAGGUUUCACCAGCUAUUGGCGAUCGACGAAACGUUUAAAUUUUGUGGAUGCUUCCUACCGGGAAGAUCAGGAUGGCGAAUGCCCUUCGGAGCAAGAUGAAGCAAUCAAAAUUGAUAGUGAAAUGCUUGCCAUUCGUCCUCGUCUUAAACAUGUAACGCCACACGUUGUGUCAUCGUCAUUGCAAAAGUUCCUCAUCAAACCCGUUCUGCUUGCAGUCGAAAACAAUGAACCGCUUGAGCUGCUGACCGAAAUGCGACAAAUUGUGACGGUGUUUUUAAACAUCGUACUCAAACCCCGGGACGUCGUUCCAAUGAUCGAGGAAAUUAAUUCCAUUUUUACCACCGUUUGCAAGAUCGUCGAAGGCUAUGAAGGAAUCGUCAACAAACUUUCACUGUUCGACAAGGAUGUAAUGUUUCUAAUUAUCUUUGGACUGCGCGGGCUGAAGCAUGAAAUGGACAGUCAAAUCGCGUUGCACUGUGCGUGUGAAAUACAGGAGACGUACGCCAAAAAUCCUUCGAUCAUUUCUGCCUCGAUUGGGAUUACGACCGGCAUUGCGUACUGCGGCAUCGUGGGACAUACAGUGCGGCGUGAAUAUUCUGCAAUUGGAGUUCACGUCAACAAAGCGGCCCGUUUGAUGAUGGCUUAUCCGCACAAGGUGACGUGCGACAAGAGCACGUUUAUGAUGAGUAAACUGGACCCCGCUCAUUUCACGUUGCAAGAUGCAAUACAACUGAAGGGAUUGCACAACGUAGGACCUAUCUAUGAGUUCCGGGAAUUUAUUGCAGAACGCGAAUUGCUGAAACCGAUGGUAUACAACUAUCCAUUAGUCGAUCGGGAUCAAUUUGUUGAAAUCUUUCAAGAAAUGAUCGACGAUGGUAUGGUGAUUGCCCAACAAUGCACUCGGGCCGACUUCUCAAACGAUCAGUGGAUUCAAAAUUGCCUGUUAAUACGCGGCGAAGCGCAGAUGGGGAAAACUCGUCUAGUGAAUGAGUUUUUCUACAUUGCACUACGCAACAAACACAUAAGCUCGUUAUGCUUUUCGCUCAAUCUGAAGGAUUCGAAGGUAAGCGAAAGCGUUUUGCAAACUCGAACGAAUUACGAAUACUCUCUCUUUCUCUGCUAGAAACCAUACUCCGCGGCUAGCCUUUGCAUCACCCGACCGCUUGGAUUCACCGAAACAAUAACGACCGUUACGAGACAAAACCGCAUGAAGUUGUACCUACGAGAGCACAAAAUGGAACAACAUUUGUCGCUUUUGAACGAAAUUCUAGGUACGAAUUUCAGUGAAACGGAGGCAACGGUCAGUUUAAACCAAACAGAGAGAGAUUCUGCUAGAAAAGAAUUGUUCCGGUUUCUCUGUCAAAAGACUUUUCAAAACCUUUGGGUGCUGAUAAUCGACGAUGCUGAGUUCAUAGACGACGAAUCGUUCGAUCUGUUUGACGUCAUCUGGGAAAUGCCACAGAUCAUUACCGUGCUAACGGUGGGCUAUCAGAAGCGCCUGAGCCCGAUGCGUGUUCGCGUUCUCGACAGCCCCAAUGUGUGCCAGGUAAAGCUGCCGCCCAUAGAAACAUUGCUACACAAAGCAGUCGCUUGCCAAUUUCUGAACGUUAAUGCUAUUCCGCUGGAUCUGGAACGGCUGCUGCACACCAUCAGCAACGGGAAUCCGGGAUGGAUCAACACAUUUCUGCUAUGCUUACGCCAGAGCGGUACCCUGCGCGUGAAACGCACUGGCUACUGUGAAGCCCAAACCGAUGGCUAUGUAUUCUGCGAUGCGUCGUUCCUGCAGCGGGACAGCAUCAAAUCCAGCACCACACUGCGGCCAAGCCUUUCCGACUGGCGGCUGUUCGAAUCGUCGUUCGACGUUGGCGACCCUCUGCUCUAUCCGGUCGACCAGACACCUUCACUGUUCAACAAGAUCGUGGACGUGGCGUACCUGACGGAUACGGUCGACACGAAGGAUUACCACACCUCCCGCAAUCUGGAAGCGUUUCAUCUGAUGCUGUACGAUUCGCUGUCCGCAUUCGAGCAGCUGGUAUGCAAAUGUGCCGCCUUUUUGGGGCAGAAGUUUCUGCGCGCCUCGCUAAUGUACACGAUGGCAAUGGAGAGUGAAUGGGAUGUAGCAAUUGCAAUGAAGAAACUGUUUGACCUUCAAAUCCUGUCGUGCGCGAUCGGAGACUUCAGCGACGGUUUCCGGUUAGCGCAGAGGAAUGUUAAUAGCAGCUGGUUGGGGCGUGGUGAAUGCGCCUGCAUCGCCCUAGACGUAGAUCGAAGUUGCAAAGAUUUGCCGAAGUACGCGGUCUGUGGGUACUCUAAGUUCAAUUCGAGUGAGUUCCACAGCACGGUGUACAAUUUGGUAACAGUGGAGCAGAAAAAGCAAUACCACAGCAAUGCGCUGGAGUUCAUUGAAAGUGAAACUAAAAAAUGUAACUCGUGCGGAGCAGUGCCGUUCAAAAAUUUAAUGAGCUGUGAAGAAACGUACGAAGUGCAGGUUGGUUGUCAAAGAUCGGAUGAACCGGAUGCCAAUGAAAUGUUACUUCAGCACAGUGCUAGUCGUUUUUCGUUGUACUCCUCUCAACAAUCAAUGAUAUUCGAGUGCUUCAGACGGAGGCGGAGUUCAACACGACGUGGACCGGUGCUCAGCUAUGGGGCAUACAAUUUCAUCACCUGCAACUGUAACAUGAUUCUGUACAGUACGUUCAGUGAGAUAGUCCUCCAUAGCAAAGGUGCGGGAUUGCUGGAGAAAUGUGUUGAGGCCAAUAUCGAAUGGGCACGGAUAUGCAUUAAAUUAUCCAACAUUCCUAAAGCGAUCUCAAUUCUUGAGGAUGCCAGUAAACUGAUGACGCAAAUUGAUACUUCAGAAAACGUAGCUCUCGUUACCUACCUGAAGGGUCGACUCUACACGUUACAGGCGAAGGGAAAGUAUUGUUUGGAGCAGUUUGAGCGCGCUCUGGAAUUGUAUUAUCGUGCCUCACUUACAUUAGGCAUGAGUUUUCCACGUCAUCGAUCUUUGGUUCGGUUGAAGAGCAGAUAUUAUUUGUCGAAGGUGAAACAAUAUCUUGAUCCUGACUACAAGGAAAAGUCUUCCACCAGCAAAAGUCUUUACUAUAGCUUGAUCGUAUCGCAGAUCGCUAGCUGCUUCAAUGGGAUGCAUAAACUGUUCGUUAAGUUGCGCGAUUGGGAUCGUGCAACGUUAGCUGCAGUCUGGGGUUUGAACCAUGCCCUGCGCCACCGGAAGAGUAGUACAGUUUUGGUGAAGUCAUUUGCCAACUUUUUCCAUACAGCCUACCAUGUUGGAUUCUCGGAAAGCACUGCCUGGAUGCAGGAACGUUCAUUGCAGAUAGUGGCCGAAAACGUGCAUAGGAUUGAUGCGGACUAUCUGGAUGCGGUGGUCCGCUAUUAUACCGCUCUGUUUCUUUGCCAAACCAUUCGUUCGAAGAAAAUUCUAUCGAUCGAACUUGGCAAGGUUGUGCUGCACAUAAACGAUAGGCUGCAGUACCAAUCGUGCGAAUGGGACAUCAUUCCCAUUCUCUGCGAGGUGCUGCUCUCGAACCGGCGCAUCGGUGAAACGGUACAGACGCUUUGGACGCUGCAGAAGCUCAUCGUCCAUCAGCAGUACCGUACCGGACAGAUAUGGUAUUAUGCGAUCUGUCUCGACGUUCUGCUCGAUACGAGCUGUUGCAUCGAGUCGUACCGGCGGUGUGAGAAUUUUUACUUCAAAAACCGUGAAUCCUUCCGGGCGCAACGGAACGGCUUUGCCAGUGCGCGAUUGUUUGCCAACCUGUGGCUUUGGUGCGUCCGGUACGGUGCGUGGGUAGCGGCCGACAACUGGUUGGUGCUGUUGCGUGAAAAUUUCGUGCUCGGUGUGCACGAUUCCACGAUCAACAUUAACACGGCGAUCCGCAUCGUGGAGGGUAUGGUGCUGACGCUGAUCAACCACAUAGAGGCGCGCAAUACGGCCCAGAUACGGCGGGUACGAGCCAGCAUCGAGACGCUGCUGGGCAGCGUGAAACAGGCGCUAUCCAUCAACCGGAAUCACGUGGCUCGUUUCGAGCUGAUGCGCAUCUACUACCGGCAAGUGGUGGACCCGGAUGGUGGUAACGUUCGCCGACGGUUGGGCGCGGCCGCCAAACGGGCCCAGCGCAGGAACGAUCAUCUCUGCCACGAUCAUAUCCAGCACACGGCCAAGUUUUGGCACCGGGAGUUACCGCCGGCGCUGGAAACCUUCUGGCUGGAUCACGCUGCCGGAAGUGAUCGUAUCGACGGGGCGAGCCGAAGCCAGAGCUUUGCUGCCGGCACACUGUUUGACAACAGCAACGAGCAGCUGUACGAUUAUGGGAGCUGUAUAAUGAAUCACGAACGAAUCUACCCUUUUUCAAUGCCAUUGCCAAGAGCUCGGUUCCGAUGAAUGAAUAUGCAAUCGGGUUGUCCGGAAGAUGUCAUGCC